AGCGAACGGCCUAAAGAGAACCGGUGGAUCCCAACUGACGAUUGACGAAGAGCAGUAUAGACGUAUAGUGCUGAAUUGAGUGCGUUGAUCCGUCCCCAUCGUCAUCUUCCGUUGAUUUUCGACCUAGCGCAGAGGUGAAUGUCUAUACGCACACAUCUGUAGCUAGAGAGAGAGUGUGUGUGUGUCUGUGGAAGGAGCGAGACAGAGAGUGCAGCGCAGAGUACUGUUGAAGUGGUACGAAGCGGAGCCGGUACGGUGCAAGGAUAGAGAGAUAGAGAGAAAUGGAUAAGAUGAACCAGGCGCUGGAGAAGAUGAAGAUGCUGGUGGGAAUGGAUGUGGAAGACGAUGAAGGAGCGGCUGUUCAGCAGCAGGAUUCGUCUUUUGCUUUCGUCGAUGACUUCAAUCGCAACUGCACUCUCACCACCAAGCAGAGGCUUUAUGGAUUUGCCAUUUGCUUGGCUUCUGGUGUUGCUUGUACACUUUUGUCCAUGUUGGUGUUUUUAAAUCCAGUCAAAUUUGGAAUAACAUUCUCCUUUGGCAAUCUGCUUGCACUUGGAAGCACAGCGUUCCUCAUAGGACCUAAACGACAAGUGACAAUGAUGCUGGACCCUGUUCGUAUCUAUGCAACUGCUAUAUAUAUUGCAAGCAUCAUCAUUGCUUUGUUUUGUGCUCUAUAUGUGCGGAACAAGCUACUUACACUUUUGGCAAUUUUAUUGGAGUUUGGUGCUCUUAUUUGGUAUAGCUUGAGUUACAUCCCAUUUGCAAGGUCCAUGGUCUCAAAAGUUAUGGUUGCUUGCUUUGAUACCGAAUUCUAAAUGGCAUACUCAUGAGAGGGGUUCAGAUUUGCAAUUUCUGUAUAGUAGCAUGAAUCUCAUACAUGACAAAACCUGGUGUUCUGAUCCAGAUAUCGGGUUAGGUGAGUGCACCAUCUGUGUGUAUCUAACUAGUUACAAUCAUUUUGACGGGACCAACUGUUGGUGCCUAUCAACUCUUUUUCUUUCUGCUUACGUUGUGCUAGGGAUUUGUUUACCCUUGUUAACAAGUGUUAUCUCUUCAUAUGGUCGAUGCGUUUGGUACACGAUUGUGUUACAUAAUAACAAAUCAAUCCAGUACUUAACCA